AUGAUACGAGUCAAGGACCCCAAGGUUUCACUUCAGUUUUACACUGAAAUCCUAGGGAUGGAGCUUAUCUCUAAAAGUGACUUCUCCGACUUCACUCUUUACUUCUUGGGCUAUGAUCAUUCUGAUGGCAAAGCGACGACCGAAGAGAAGGAUAAAGGGAGGUUUUCUCGCGAGGGAGUCCUGGAACUUACUCACAAUCAUGGCACGGAGAACGACGCUGACUUCAAAGGUUACUCUUCUGGAAACACCGAUCCUGGCAAGGGGUUUGGACAUAUAGCAAUUGCAGUAGACAAUGUUGAAGCGGCUUGCGAGCGGUUUGAAAAACUGGGAGUGAACUUCAAGAAGCGCCCAUCGGAUGGAAAAAUGCGACACAUUGCGUUCAUCUUGGAUCCCGAUGGUUAUUGGAUUGAGAUUGUGCCCUCCAACCUGAACCUAUCCUCGUAA